AUGGCCGGCAUCAAAAUCGUCUGGGGCGGAGCCUCAAUCAUGGAUGAAGUCGCAUAUCCGACUCUUGAAUCCAUCAACGAAGUCCUGGAUAUUCUGCAAUCCAAUGACAUCAAAACCAUCGAUACUGCCAAGAUCUACAAUAACUCCGAGGAGUUAUUAGGAAAAGUUCAUGCCGAUUCCCGCUUUACCAUUGAUUCAAAAUACCCUGGCGGGGUUUCGCCUGAUCCUUCUACCCCCGAGUCUCUUGUGACAAGCUUGAAUGAGAGUUUGGCUCGUCUUCAAACCAACCAGCUCGAUGUCUACUACAUGCAUGCCCCCGAACGCAGAAGCUCCAUGGAAGAUCUGCUGGCUAGUAUCAACGCUUCAUACCAGGCUGGAAAGUUCAAGCGCUUUGGCUUGUCCAACUAUUUGGCCGAGGAAGUCGAAGAGGUAGUCCGCAUCUGCCGUGAGAAGAAUUAUGUCGUGCCAAGUGUCUACCAGGGCAACUAUUCAGCCGUCGCACGCCGAGGAGAAAAGGAGAUCUUCCCCACGCUGCGGAAGCAUAAUAUCUCCUUUUAUGCUUAUUCGCCUAUCGCAGGAGGGUUCCUGACAAAGGAUGUCGCGACGUUGGUCGCUGGCGGCCAGGGUCGAUGGGACCCAAACACCCCGCUUGGUGGAAUCUACAAUGCGCUUUUCAAUAAGCCGAGCAUGCUCAAGGGCCUGGAACAAUGGGAGAAGAUCUCCAAGGAGUCUAGUAUUUCUAAGGUUGAAUUGGCAUAUCGAUGGGUGGCGCAUAACUCGGCCCUCAAAGAGAAACUCGGCGAUGCCGUGAUUGUUGGCUCGCGUAAUGCUGAGCAGCUCAAUCAGACGCUUGCUGCAUUGAGCAAGGGCCCCCUCAGCCCGGAAAUUGCUGCACAGAUUGAGCAGGUGUGGAAGAGUGUCGAGGCUGAUGCGCCUUUGGACACCUUCAACAGUUUCCCCCAUAAUGAUAAGGCUGCCUGA